ACACAGGUGGACAGAAUUGAACAGAAACAGACACUGUUUUUUUUUUUCAGACGAUUAUUGACGCUGAAUGUCCUGACAUGUGUCAUCCUCAUUAGACAAACUCAACCGCUGCUUCAAAAUAAGGUCUCCGGGCUGAAGUCUGCAGGCGACUCAACAUGGUGCAGGAGAAGAAUGACGGAAUAAACAAAGACAUGGUCCUUCCACCAAUUCAACAGAAUAGACCCGCUUUGUCUUGGGAAAUGAAGAUCAAGAAAAAGCUGAAGAUCAUGCCUCCCUGCCUGGGCAAGUUCAGACCCACUGUGGGUCAGAGCUGCCACCAGUGCACCCCAGACAGUCUGAGCAAGAAACUUGGACAAAACUCUGUGCUUGGCUUCAAUAACCUGCUCAGUGUCAAUGAAACACACACCAGGUAUCGAGGCUGGCUGGUGCGGAGGGUGUGCUGCCUGCUGUUUGUGAGUGGCUGCAAGGUUUACGCAAGUCCAGCGAGCAACAGACAGGAAAGAGUCUGUCAAAGCAACAGGGUGAAGGAGGCGCUCACAGCAGACCAUAAAGCACCCGAGGAGGGAGACAGCCAAGGGCAGACCAGCGUCCUCUCACCAUUCAUCCCCCUCAUUAACACCUGCAUCUCCCCUGGCCUCUUACGAUUCGUGGGCUGGUUGAUGCUGAAGAUGUUUCCUUCCAGAUUUGACCGUAUCCAAGUGAACCUCAACCAUCUGUCCACUUUGCAAAGAGCUUCACAAGAGGGAUCUCCGCUGGUGUACGUAUAUGUGCGUCAGAGCAUCAUGGAUUGUGCUCUCAUCCCUCUGGUGCUCUUCUGUCGUAACCUGAGAGUCCCAUACACUAUUUGUCCACUGCAGAUUGACAGCUCCUUCCUGAGAUCAAUCCUGCAGAGAGUAGGUGUGGUCCUCCUGCCACCUUCUGCACUGACUGAACAGGAUGCUGAGGCAGACAGUGUGUACUCAUCUGUCAUGACUUCUCUGGUACGUGAGCUGCUACAUGAGGGCCGGGCUAUAAGUGUUGGUGUGUCACCGGAGUCUGGCCGAGGUGGCCAGUGGCUGGCUCGCAUCAGACAGCUCAUCAAAGAAGGAUCUGUCCCCGAUGUUAGCCUGGUCCCUGUGGGCAUUUCCUACGACUGUGUGCCCAAGACCAAUGUACAGGUUGGCCUGAACUCUUUGUUAUGUUGGCUGUGGUCCGUUCUCUGGAGGAGACCAGGAGGAGGUGUGAGGAUCCACCUCGCUCAGCCUUUUUCUUUCAAGGAGAUGUGUGAUUCAGGAAGGUGCACAGUUGAAGAAUGGCUCCCUCUACAGGACCUGUUGCUGCCUGUUAUCCUCAACAACAGAACCGACAGUGUGUUCGGGAGGAGGAGGAGGAGGAUGUUGUGGCUCCUGCCUUCUGAAAUCAAGGAAUCAACUCGUUCAGAGAGAGACUUCAGCAUCGCCAUCAUCCUCCACCUCAUUUUCUCUGCCACCUCUUGCAUGGCUGCGAUGUCCACCAGUCUGGUGUCCAGUCUUCUGCUUUACAAACACCGCAAGGGUGUUAGUGUAUCUCUGCUGUGUCGUGAUGUAGUCUGGCUCACCGAGGAGCUCUUGUUCAGGAACAAAGACGUCGGUUUCGGGGGGGGGUUAGCCGAGGUUGUCCACUACUCCCUCUCUCUUCUCGCCCCUCAUCUCAUCAUAGCUGCAGUACCGUCUAGGAAAGACCCUUUUAUUGUGCCCCGUCCUUCUCUUGCUGCCACAUUUCACCUCACCGUCCAGGCCCAGAUUGUCACACACACCUUUAUUUUGGAAGCUGUUGGCGCAUGUGCGGUGUCUGCCAUGUUGUGCGACGUGGCCCGCAGUGGCGUCAGCAGCAGGGUGAGGAGCGACGGCGUGGACGGAGAGGAGCUGAAAGGUGACAUGGAGUUCGAUGUGGCGCUCUUCCAGUCCGAGCUGAAUGAGAGAGCCCUGCAGCUCUGCCAUCUCCUUCCUCCAGGCUUCAUGCCACCCUGUCAGUCAUCCCAAAGCUUUGCUCUGGAUGCCGUUGACAGUCUGGUGCGCUGUGGAAUCCUGAUCAUGGAAGAAAUUCCCCGGGAAGUUCCCAUCUGUGAUUUCUGGAAGAGGGAGGGUGCUCUGUCCUGGACCACCACGGACGACCCAUAUCACAGCGACUCUGACUGUGAGGAGCAGGACCUGCGUUCCUUCAAGAUAAGCCAGCCGAGUCAGUGUCCAGAGAUGCUCUUCUUCCUCUGCAGCAUGCUGGCUGGUCAUCUGAGAGCGUUGUGCUGGGCGAUCACAGGGCUGGAUCUUCUGCACACACCUCUGCCGGAAGCAGAGUUUGUGGCUCAGGUGCACAACUAUCUUUUUGAGACGGCAAAUGAGAGGAAGCAGAACUACGAGAGCUGCUCAGAGGAGGCUGCACACACUGCAGUUAGAACACUAAUAGACCUGGGGGUCCUUUCAGAGGAGCGUCAGGAAGGAGGCGUCUUCCUCAGUAUCACUGCUUUGUUCCAGUUGUCAGAGAACAGGCAGAAAGUGCACGGCUUCAUCUCACAGUACCUCUACAAUUAAUUUGUUUAACCGAGCAGCAUGACUCGAUGCCUCUGCUCCGUUUUAUCAUAGUAGUCUGACCUCAUCCAUGUUCGUGUCAGAGAGACUCGUGUUCGAUGUUAAAAAAAGAUGCAUGCUGAGUCGUAGACGCUCGUGCCUUUAGGUUAAUUGCAUUUUGAUUUUUCGGUGAUGAGACAUUGAUUUUAAGUUUAUCUUUAGCAAUAGCAUUAGCAUAAAGCCACAGGAGACAAGGAUUAUGAAGUCCCUGUAAUCAGUGCGAGGAUUCUGCUUGUACAGAUUGUGUUUCGACCAUGUUUAUGUUGUCACGAAGGCCAAGAAGUCAUGUUUGUCAACAGUAAGCUUAAGAGUCUUUUUUUGUUACGUUGAUCAGUAAAAGUUAACAGAUGUUUAUACUGAUAUUAAAAUAAUCUGCUCCUUUCA